AUGAGCCACCUGGCUGAAAUAUUGGCCACGAGGGAGACUCCCCUUCAAUAUGGUUCAAUGAAGUUGACCAUCCCUCAGGGCCCCUGCCACCCUGUGGUAGGCGGCACCUACGACGAGCAGUACAAGAAGCAGCUCGAAAAGGCCACCAAUCUCAUAGCUGGUUGCCAAUCCCUCCCGGAGCUACCGAGAGUUGGGAACCUGUCUCUGGAAGAUUGGGAUGCUCUGCGAUCGAGACCGACUCCAGGUGCCAAGUCACAGGUCGUGUCGCACGGCCCUCAGGACACGGAACGGACGACCGACUAUGAGAAAACCUUGGUGUAUAUCUUGAAAAAGAUCUACGAUGGUGCGAUUGUGUUGAUCUCGAGUUUGUGGUCCCAUGACGCGAAGAACAUCAGACGUCUGGCUGGCACUUCCAAGGCUCUCAGGGAAGCCGUCAGCGUACAUGUGUCUCGCUUUCACCUGCCAAGCAGGGAUUUCAACCUCUGCGACUUUACCGAGUACACUCUGAUCCCCAUGACACGCAAGCCGAAGGACGACAUCGGGCUUCACAAGCACCUUAUCGUGAUUGGCAAAGAUCUCCUGGCGCCGACAGCCCCGAUUACGGGUAUUCCCAAACUCUGGGAGUCUGACGAGAUGCGUGAUGGCAUGUGGGCAAAAGCCGAAAGUGAGAAGGGCACCUUUGAAAUGACUAUCAAGCUUUGGCCCUACUACGCCGCCGAGGGUCUGCUCUCUGUAAUGGAGCGUCGCUUGAGUGAGAAGCAGCAAAGACUUGGUCAGGUGGCCGUUCAAACACCUACGCACCACCAUCUACGGGAGGCUACUUGCGCUAUCCCUUUGCUUCGUUCUUUGCACACGUACGGUGCGAACAUUAGCUGUCUCCGCCUCCAUGAGGUCCCUGGACUGGACCUCCGGGUCACCAAGUUGAUCCUUUCAGCUUGCAAGAGUCUCAUCAAUCUGGACAUAAUCGAAUGCGAGCUUCUGCACUUUGGAAGCAUUGUGCCGCUGUUGGACAUCGUACAUGUCAAUUCGAAGGAGGCGGGAAAGAGUCCCGUCCAACUCCAAUUCCGCCCUAAGACGUGGCUUGGAACCGACACCAACCGCCAGGGCACGAUGGUGAUUUCUUUCGACGACAUUGAGUACAGGAACAUUCCAACGGCAAUCAUGACCACUGUCUUCAUGGCCGUCGUCAAGGCUGUCCCUAUGGGCAUCGAUUUGGUGUCGGAGCAUCGCGAUUUCCGCAAGUUCCUUGACAUAAUCCCGAUGCAACCAGGAGCUAUGGCACUAUUCCUCCACCACCUAAUGGUCUACAUCGAUUUGACCCAAGGCCCGAUCACUUGGGCAUCACUCGACAAGGUCACUCGUAACGAUGUGGAGGAUCAGGUUCUCCUGUCCAUUUGCAUGAAAAAGCUGGCCUACCACAAGCGGGAUGCUUACUUUCAGGGGAUAGAUGAAUGUGACACCUGCGGGUAUAAGCUUGUCACGGCCUUCUUCAGAGGAGAGAUGAGCACACGUGCCCCCGAUCAGCGCACUUGUCGCAUCUGUGAGCUUCACCAGAGGCUGGACGCGCAAUCUCACCAUCGCCUUCUCGAGAAGCGUGAGAUGGUCAAAGAUCUGCUCUUCAACAGGGACGAGGAUGUGACCAAGCAGAACAACAUUGCCACCAUGCAGAUCCCCGUCAACGAUCUGGAGAAAGUCUUCGCGCCGACACUGCCGAACCCGUUCGUGGCGGACCCCGCCGCCAACGGGGACCACCGUGAGCUUGCCUUUCUGUGGCACUACAAGCUCCCGACUGUGGAGGCUCUUGUGUCACCGGACCGAGAGUACGACAUCCUCCGCGCCUCAGGAAGCGCCGCCGCACUAGAUGUUGUAGACGAAAUUGCAGCAUUGGAUGGUGUUUACCCUAACCAUCCAACCCUAACUCGACAACGCCGGGCCAAUGCAAGGGGAAUGAAGCAGUCCUGGGAGCACCAUGUUUGGCACGAGAUCGGCAAGGGAGAGACGGAAGACCAGAAGCCAGCCGGAUUCUGGUAA